CUAUGUUGGUUAUAAAUAUGGAGGUGCCAGGAUGAAUGUUUAAUUUUUAUCUUUGCUUGAACGACUAACGUUGUUGUGAGAAAUUAUCAAAAUGAAGUCGAUCCCUUCUUUUGCGUUACUUAUAUCAGUAGCUCUGGUGAAUGGAGCCACUAUAAAGGCCCCUCCUUCUGAUGUUGCAGCUGCUUCAGCUGCAAAAAAACCAGUAGCAAUUGUCACCUCAUCAGCAGUACCGACUUCUGUAGUUCUUAAGCCUAUUUCAGCAGUACAGACUUCAUCAGUAGUAAAGACUUCUCCAGUAAAAAUCAAAUGUCCUCCAGCGGUAAAAUGUCCUCCAGUAGCAAAAUGUCCUCCAGUGGUAAAAUGUCCUCCAGCGGUAAAAUGCCCUCCAGUGGUAAAAUGUCCUCCAGCUGUAAUAUGUCCUCCAGUGGUAAAAUGUCCUCCAGUAGUAAAAUGUCCAUCAGUAGCAAAAUGUCCUCCAGUAGCAAAACCUCAUCCUGUAGGUAAUUAUCCUUCAGUAAAACGAACUCCUCCAGUAAUAAAAUCUCCUCCAGAAGUAGAAACUCCUCCCGUGGCACAAACUCCACCAAAUGAAGAUUCUGAAGAAGACACGGGUGAAUCGAAUGAAUAUACAGAUGCCAGUCCUUAUAAUUACCAGUAUAAUUACCCUCCCAAUUACUAUCAGUAUCCGAUGGUAAAUCCGUUCAUGUAUCGCCAAUAUCCUCGAUAUUAUAAGCGUGCUCCUGUGCAGGCAUCAGCAUCAGCGGCAGCGUCCGCUUUAGCAAUGUCUUCAUCUAAAAGUUACCCAAGAACUCCUGCGAUACAACCCCUCUAUACGUCACCAUAUAAAUAUUAUCCUCCAGCAUACCCUCAAUACAUGCCCUCUUACCAUCCAUCUCCUGUAAGAAAACCUGCAGCUUUCAGUUGGGGAUAAUGUUACUUAUUGUAUUGCGUUUUAUAAUGAAUAAAACCAGUAAAUUUUUAUUCUAAAGUACUGUCAACUUACUGUGUAAUCAUUAAUCAAACGAUAAAUAAUAAAUAAUAAUAAUAAAUAUUUCCAACACUCACACCAAUUAGCUUAGCCCCAAAGUAAGCACUGUAAGACUUGUGUUAUGGGAUACUAGGGUAACGGAUAGAAUACAUAGACAGUACAUAAAUAAGUAUAUUUAUAUAGAAAUACAUAUUAAAUAUCCAUGACUGGAGUACAAAUGCUCGUAUUCAUCACACAAACAUCUGCCCCCACCGGGAUUUAAACCCUGUCGAGUCGGCGACACUAUGAAACCCGGCGUACAAACCACUCGGCCACGGAAGUCGUCAAAUACUAAAAUGAUUUGCUAAUUUUUGAAUUAAGUUGCGAUUCACGUUUAUUUUUUAUAAAAUCAAGAUAGUGUCUUAUCAUGUCUUUAGUUUUUGUCCAUAGUUUUUCCUUGCGUUAUUUUUUGCUACGAUUUUUACUUCAAAUUACCAAAAUUAAAAACGGCUCUUCUUUGGAAAACUCUUAAAAAAAUAUUUAAAAAAUGAAUAAUGCACUUACAUGUAAGUUAUUUACUUUUUGGGAAAAUUAAAUCAGAGUUCCGAGGUAGCAAGUAACCCGAUUAAUUUGCUGUCCAGUGUAGUUAAUACUUGAGUGUCAACGGCGAUGGUGUGGUGUGGUGUGGUUGUGGUGCCCGUGGUGACAAAAGAUGGUCAAGUUGUGGUUACGUGUGAAGUGAAUAGUAUGGCUGCGGCUACUUGCGGUUGCGUUGUGGUAAAAGCAAACUUCUUGAGGAAACUGCAAACAAGUAAACUUGCGCAGUACACUUUUUGUAUGUAAAAUUGCUACUGCGCAGGCUCUGCUGGCCCUGAUUCAUGCUCAAGAAGUUUGCCGGUUUUAUGCUCAAAUUGUGGAUAUGGUUGCAUUACCGUCACUAGUGGUAUGUACUUAUAUUUGUAAAUAAAAUUUAAUCCUAAA